AUGGGCUUCAACCACGUCUAUCUCAUCGGGUUGCUUCUCUGCGGGUCCUCAUCGUUGGGUUGCCAUGCACUGCAAGCCGGGGGGAGGGUGCGAAUUGUCGAAGGGCGGAGGGCGUCAACCACUGUACCAAGUAACGGACGCCCUGAGGGUCACAUCAGCAAGGCGCGUAUCAAGGGCGGUAGGAGUAGAGCGGCGGCGGCGGGGGGGAGAGCAGGCAGACGAGCGAGCUUGCCGCCAACAACAACGGCCCAAGCAGCAGAUGGCGGCACCGACUCGUCUGGUAGUGUCUCGGAGGGAAACAGCAGGAUAGCUGGUGGCGGUGGACAGCGAAGGAAGAUGGUGAAGAGCAACUCGACAGCCAGCAUGAAGCUCAUGGCACGGCUGCGCAGAAAGAUGAAAGAUGCGAGGCAUGUCCCAGAUGUGUCGAAGAUGCUCCGAGACGGCCUGCCGUACCUGACGGAGAUCGAAGCCACCGAGGUGCAACUGGCCCUUGCCGUGUCCAUCUACGCCCACUCCAAGACUACCGCUACCGGAAGCGAUACCAGCAGCAGCGCUGACGGGCAUCCCGAUGACCGUGUAAAGGCCGGUGUAGAGGUGUGCCUCCAACUCGGUCGGCUAGGCAUGGGCAGGGACGCGCUGCUUGCCGCUAUCCUGGGGGGCGUCUUGCGACCGGAGACGGCCAAGCAGCACUCUACGCACCCCGGCUUCGGCCGCGCACCGGUAACGGUGGUAGAUAUUCGGGAAGGCUUCGGCAAGAACGUGGCUCGCCUUGUCGCUGGGCUGGAGCACGUGACGUGCGUCGAGGAAACCGCACACGCGGUUCUCAGGGGCACUCCCAGCAGCGGCUCUUCCGUUGGGGAUAUGUCAGGCGCGACGGCAUCUGAGCGAGCAAGGCCAUUGGAGGGGGAGGGGGGGGGACAGGACGAGGAGGGCGCGCCGCUAUCUCCUGCUAUGCUCAUUGGGGCACGAGAGAGAUUGCCUGCGGAGCCAGGGGGGUGGGGGGGGAGGGGGAGGGGGAGGAAGACCCGCAGUUUGAGGGAAGCAUCGGCCUUGGAGCAGGGUGAGAGUCUUCGCAACCUCAUCGUGUCGGAGGCUGCAGAUUGGCAGGUGCUGACGCUCAGGCUAGCAGUGCAGCUGCAAGCGCUCAAGAACUCCUCGCCGGAUGGCAGCAGCUGGAAGGACAAACAGUUGGCGAGGGAUGCGUUGUUGGUCCACGGUCCUCUGGCGCACCGCUUGGGCAUACACCAGCUGAGGAACGAGCUCGAGACCGUGGCGUUCGGAAGACUCUUUCCCCAGCAAUUUAACAAGGUGCGCCGAGCUACGAUGGACCGAUCUUCCGUGUACGAGAAGGUGGUGGAAGCUACCAAGGCCACGCUGAAGCAGGCGUUAAGAGACGCGCCGGCUUUCACAAACCAGCUUACUGGAGAAGCUACUCUGCAACACCGAAUCAAAUCUCCCUAUUCGAUGUGGAAGAAAAUGGAGAAGAAUCAGGUCGGUGUGGAAGGCGUGUUCGAUGCUGUGGCUGUGCGAGUGGUUUUAGAGGCUCGGAAGUGGCAAGGGGAGUCGCUGGAAUCUUACACACAGCGUUCGGAGGACCUCUGCUACCAGGCUAUGUCAGUGAUCAAGAAGCUCUACCCUUGGUCGCAGUCACCGCAGCGUGUCAAGGACUACGUGGUUAAGCCCAAGCCCAACGGAUACCAGAGCCUCCACGCUACACAGCUCGUGCCAGAUGUUACGGACAUGACGAGGCAUGGCCCAUCCGUCGCGAUUGAAUUCCAGGUGCGGUCGAAAGAGAUGCAUCAGAAGGCCGAGUUUGGUCUGGCGGCCCACUGGAGCUACAAGGAGUCGUCAUCCAGCAUGCCGAGCGGUCUUGGUUGGGAGGAGGACACCAACACGACCAUCACACCGCCUCACAACCACAAGGCCCCCGGAAAGGCAAGAGUACCCGACUCUGUCACGUCAGGACCGGAACUGGUCGACUGGCUCCACCGAGAACUUAGGGAACGCAAGGUGUUUGUAUUCGGGCCUGAUAGGAAGAUCUGGGAGCUGGACAAGGGUUCGGCGACAGCGGGGGAUGCCUUGGGGCGAUCGUACAUGCAGAAGUUCUACGAGGGAGCCUUGCUGCACGACCGAAGAAAGAUUAAGUCAGACGCCAAGGGACAGGGCGCAAAGAGGAAGACACGUACUGCAUGGGUUAAUGGCCGAGAGGUGGACGCCAGCUAUCUGCUCAAGAACGGGGACGUGUUCGAUGUGGCACAAGCCUCACAUCAAGCACCAGAAGACGCGUCGCAAGACGCAUCAGGGAAGCAACCUUCGGCGAAGGAUGGGAAACCAAGAAAUCCGGCAGAAGAGAGCAGCAGCAGUAGCUGGAGGGCGCUCUCAGCGCCUCCCACCAGAGGGCUGACCGACUAAGCCGCCACGUCUCGAUGUGCUGACUGCUUUGACAAGAACUGGCGCGUAUCGUGUUCAUACAAUAUCUAUCUCCGGGCUGGUCAGCCAGGAGAUCCGUCUAAAACUUGUGCAAGCAGCAGUUUGUUGCCUAGGGGGUGCGUAGUGCGUGGCAGUAAAUUGUUACCAUGUAUGCGGAGGGGCCCUUCAAUGUUGCCCUCUCUGCCUGGGGUCGGUAAGUUUUUGAAAGAUUUUGACGAAAGGGGAGAAGCUGACGAAAGGGGAGUUUCGCGCAGUCAGCUUCUCCACACAAUUGAGCCUUCUCGCUAGGAGAAGCCGUUGCCACCACCGACCGCAGUGCUUCAAAUAUUUAGGGACAACGUGAGACAAGGGGGCUUUUUUUGUAAAGAAUUCAUGGAUGUAUGGGAAGAGGACGCUUGACCGACAGAGGACGUUGCAGUUCGGUUUUGAUUAGAGAGGGGGCCUGCGACGCUGUAGUUAGGGGCAGCGCGUUUUUUGCGGGGUGAGGUAAUUAUUGGUCAAAGAAGUUGUUCGUGCACGUUCAUGUGAUAAAAUAGAGUUUCCACUCGUGUGGCCAAAAGUAGUGUGGUUCUACUUGUAGUCUUUUAUGUUGCGGCUCUCGUAAUAUGCUUCUGCGAUACGACCCAAGCCGCAAGAGAUAGAAAACGCGAUAUGCAUAUGGAGUAGCGACUCUGGGGGGGUAUCGAUAGACGUAGAGUUGAUAGACGGUUUACAUUCUCUCUCGGUGUGGAGUCCGGGAUGGUUUUGUAAAAAUGUGACAACGUUUUUACUCCGAGUGAGGUUUCAUUUUCUCAAGCGUUGAGAAGACAAGAACACACAAAAGUUGUGCAUGGCAGGGUUGAACACUCACGGUGAGCUACCGGUUCAUGUAGGGAAAAAUGAUCCCCGGAUAAAAGCUUCUACGUAGGAUAUCCAAGUCACGACCUUGCGUUUGCCUCCCCUCUUCGCUAUAUUCUGGUGCGUCACAGACAAACGUGACACGCCAACAAGAAAGAGAUAUGGGUCACCGUGCCAGCGUAGGAAUUGGCGUCAGGUGUCCCCAACAGCCGCAAUAUUUACGUUGAAUGCAUAUGACCUCCAAAGGUGGCAAUCGAUGCUCGAUAUCAACGCAACACAUGGGUCCGUGAGGUGACACUUCAGCCCACAUCUGGAUCAGAGAAAUCACGCGACCACAUCGCCAACCAAGUCAUGGCUGCAACACCAGGAGGGCUUCGGAUGUUGGUGAUGUUGGUGCGCGCGAUCGCAUACAACCCUUGUCGGCUCUUGGGCAGCAAAGACGGACGGCGCAACUGCUUGAUCUCUUCGGCAAUUGUUACC